UUUCUUUGAUCAGUGUGAAAAAUUUAAUGGAGUGUUGGUCUGCUUCUUUAACUGUUGAUCAAGAAUUUGCCAAACUUGUAGAUCGCAUGCAUCCACCCAGGGUUACUGUUGAUAACAUUACAGACAGUAAAGCCACUUUAAUCAAGGUUGAUAGUGCAAACAAGAGAGGGAGCUUGUUAGAAGUAGUUCAAGUUCUGACUGAUUUAAAUAUACUCGUCAAAAAAGCUUACAUUUCUUCAGAUGGUGGAUGGUUUAUGGAUGUAUUUCAUGUCACUGAUCAGUAUGGUAACAAGCUAUCAGAGGAUAACGUUGCUGAUCGUAUCCAACAGUCACUUGGACCAAGAGGGUGCAGCUUCAGAUCGUUGAGGGGUUCAGUUGGGGUCCAAUCUGCAAUGAAACACACGACUAUUGAGUUAACUGGGCGUGACAGGCCCGGUUUGCUUUCUGAGGUGUUUGCCGUUCUUUCCAACCUUAAUUGCAAUGUAGUAUCCACCGAAAUCUGGACACAUAAUUCAAGAAUUGCUUCAAUCGUUUAUAUAACCGACAAUGAAACCAGGCUCCCAAUUGAUGAUCCAGACCGACUCACUAAGAUCAAACAGCUUCUCCUUUUCAUACUUAAAGGAGAUAGAGAUAGGCGAGGUGCCCAAACUUCGGUUUCACCAGGAUCUACCCAUACGCAGAGAAGACUGCACCAGUUGAUGUAUGCAGACCGGGAUUAUGAUACAGAGGCAUAUGAAUCAUAUGAUCGAUCUGAAAGCUCCACAAGUAUGAUCAAAGCAUUUGUGACUGUCGAGAAUUGCAGUGAGAAAGGGUAUACAGUCGUCAAUUUGCGAUGUACUGAUCGGCCUAAGCUACUGUUUGAUACUGUUUGUACACUAACCGAUAUGCAAUAUGUAGUCUUUCAUGCUACCAUCGUAGCCAACGGAUUAGAUGCUUCUCAGGAAUUUUACAUUCGGCAUACAGAUGGUUGCCCAAUUAGUUCAGAAGCCGAAAGGCAGCGUGUAGUUCAUUGCCUUGAAGCAGCUAUCAGGAGACGCAUUUCAGAGGGUGUAAGGUUAGAGCUUUGUGGUGAAGACAGAGUCGGGUUACUAGCAGACGUGACUAGAAUCUUUAGAGAGAACGGGCUUUCAAUCACAAGGGCAGAAGUGACUACAAGAGGAUCAAACGCCGUGAACACAUUCUACGUAGUGGAUUCAUCCGGAUAUCAAGUGAAAACUGAAACAAUCCAAGCAGUUCGAAGUGCAAUAGGUGAGAGCCUACUUAAAGUGAAGAAAGACAACGUGUUAACCACAACGAACUCUAAGGUGCAUUCUCCGCAAACCGUGAAGUUUUCUUUGAGUAAUCUUGUGCGAACAAAGUCCGAAAAGUUUUUAUACAGUUUAGGACUAAUUAGCUCUUGUUCUGAAGUAGCUUAACUACAUUAAACAAAUGCAUAUGUUGUAAUUGUUAAUAUUAUGAGAAUUUUUAUAUUUUGU